GUCACUCUAGACGCUCCAGACCUACACGGAUUAACUUUCUGAAUGCGACGUCUGGUCUCGCGGGCGUCUGCUGCUGAGAUGCUGACGGUGUGGUCUUUUCUUCACUUCGUGAUCCUCUAAUUGUACCAGACUACCAGUGCCUGUUGUUUGAACAAGCUUGUAAAAUGGAACAUGGAAACCCAUGUUUCGCAAAAAGGGGCAGCACGUCAGGUGGAAAACGCAGGGUGAUUUUAUGCUGCUUGGACAUCGGAGACCUGCCGUUGUUCUUACAGUUCACGAUCUGCACUGUCGGCGUCUUCCUGUUUUUCGUCUCGUACGGUUACAUGCAGGAGCUGAUAUUCAGACUGGAAGGUUUCAGACCCUUCGGUUUCUAUCUGACUCUCAUACAGUUCAUCUUGUACUCAGUCUUAUCGUCCAUAGAGCGAUUUCUACGGAGAGACACAACUCGCAGAACUCCCCUACGAACACACGCACUGCUUUCUCUACUAACCGUCGGUACUAUGGGAUUUUCUAACGCAUCGUUAGGCUAUCUAAACUACCCGACACAAGUGGUGUUUAAGUGCUGCAAACUAAUCCCGGUGCUGGUGGGUGGCGUGCUCAUUCAAGGGAAAAAGUAUGGCUUACUUGACCUCUUGGCAGCAGUGCUCAUGAGUGUUGGCUUGUCUGCUUUCAUACUGACGGACACCCAGAUAUCUCCGACAUUUUCUCGGCUGGGUGUGCUGUACAUCACGGGUGCCUUUCUGAUGGAUGCUUGUAUUGGGAAUGUGCAAGAGAAAGCCAUGAAGGAACACAGUACUUCCAACAUUGAAAUUGUUUUCUUUUCCUACUCAAUGGGUGUUGGUCUACUGCUGGUCUUGCUGCUUUGCUCUGGUGAACUGAUUGCUGCAUUUCAGUUUUGCUCUAUGCAUCCAAUGGAGACCUACGGCUAUGGCACCGUAUUUGCAAUUGCUGGCUAUUUUGGUGUGCAGUUUGUCCUGACGCUCAUUAAUAUGACCGGUGCUUUUGUCACGGUGACUGUGACAACAUUCCGCAAGGCAGUCAGCAUCAUCCUCUCCUUCAUGCUUUUUGCUAAGCCCUUCUCAUUUCAGUAUGUGUGGUCUGGCCUGAUGGUCCUCCUGGGAAUCUACCUCCACACGUAUGGGAAGAAAAUGUCAGCACAGAAGAAUCGACUGCCUUUGGUUAAAAAGGACCUGUCGAAAGUCGGCAGUUUGUAGAGCCCUGGAUC